UGGAGUGCUGAGUGCUUCCCAAGCCUUUUGCUCGGACAGACUGGGUCAGGGCACCUGAGAUCAGGGGGUGUGUCUGUGUCCCCUGUAGGAGGCUGAGCAGGAGCUGCUAGUAUGAGUCCAGCCCACACUAGGCUUGGUGGCCCGAGGGUACAGUGUGGCCCUACUGCUUCGGGGUCGGGAAGCAGAGACACCCCGGCUUGUACCUCAGCUGUUGCAGAUGCUGUUUGAGGAAGCUCUGCCCCCCAGGGACCCUGAUCCUGUGCUUACUACCCUUAGCCUGGUGCAGCUCAGCCCCUGUGGGAAGACUCGGGACCUGCUCUCUCCAGGGACAGAGAACUUGUCAGUGCUAGAUGUGUCCCCCCUGGACUUGGUAGUGGAAAAUGCCAGUGAGGUGGAGGUGUCUGACUCAAGAGUGGCCUCGGGGCUGUACUUGCAGGCUGCGGGCGAUGAAGGCAGGGACUGUUCUCUGCUCACUGUCACCAUUUCCUGCCCGGGGCCUGAUCCUCCUGAGGGGCCUGGGAUCCAGGGCAUGUGGCGAGGGGCCUUGAGGAUCCUGCAGCUCCCCAGAGCCCUAGAUUGCCCCCUGCUGCAGGUAUUGGCUGGUAAGGUUAUUGGUGAGGAAGUGGAGGGCUCCUUGCCCUGGAUUGUCUCGCGGCUCCUGGAAGGAAACAACUACAGUGGCCUUCUUCUUCGCCUGGACACUCAAGGUGGCUCCCCGAGCUUGCUCUGGGCUGCUCUGUUGGGGGCCAAGGGAAGGAGGAUGCAGGCGAAACAGGUGAGGCCCACCCUGUGGGAUGCAGUAGAAGAGGCCCGGGCCCGCCGGGCUGGCCUGAAGAGCCUGCGUUCAGGCCUCCUUGGAGACAACCUGACGGAUAGUGGGCUCAGCCAGUUGGGCAGGGCAUUGCGAGAAUUGCAGGUAGUAAAAGCCUGGAGCCGGCGCCCAGGGAGCCAGAUGCUCAAAAGGGUAAAAGCUGAGGCUGUGAGGCUCCCAGAACUACAGGUCAUAGAUUUAACAGCAAGCCACAGCCCAGGAUUCCAGGGAGAGCCCAAAGUGGUAGGAAUAACAGCAUCUCUAGGACUUGGACUCCACCAAAAUCAUCCUCUUAGGGACUCUGAGGAACAGGCCUGGCAGGUCCCAGAUGUGGCCUUGCAGUUCUUCUUGGCCCAGGCCCAGAGGAAGAGACUGCACGAACAGCACCAAAUAUGGAUCCAAGAGGAACUGAAGCGUUUGGGACAGGAGGAGGUGGUGGCAGGUGACCAGGUCAAAGCCCUGGUGGUUGGAAAGGAGGCCUCCAAGGAGAGGCAGAGAUGGUUCCGGGAGCAGACGAUGCUGAGACUGCGGCUGGAGGCCCUUCAAGCAGAGCAGGACACUGCGGAGCAGGACCUCGCAGCCCUCUAUGACCUGCACGUGCAGGCUGCCCGAGCUCAGACACGCCACAUGCUGCAGGUAUUCCGAGCCUGGCGAAGGCUGUGGGAGGAGCAGGCCAUGACCACAGAGCAUCACCACCGCAGCCUACUGGCUGGUGUCCUACAAGACAACAUCAACCUGGCCACGCAGAACCAGGAGCUCCAAGCCCAGAACCAGCAGCUUCAGCAGGGAGUAGAUUAGGCUGAGGCCAAUCAUUGGCAGAUUGCUGCCCUG